AUGGCUGAAAGUGGACUAAGACCAGCAGAAUCUUAUCGUUUAAUGGCUUAUGAAGCUGGUGGUGAAAAUGUAUUAGCACACACAAUGAAAGAUCAUUUUAAUUACAUAACAAGAAAGAAAAUGAUGGAGAUCGAAGGAGGUGAUGCACAAACUGUCAUAGACAUAUUAAAUCAAAGACAAUCAGAGGAACCAGAUUUCUUUUUCAGAUUCAAGAUAGGAGAAAAAACAAAUAGACUUACUGCAAUUUUCUGGAGGGACUCAGAAAUGAAAGAAGAUUUUGAUAUUUAUGGAGAUGUUACUAUUUUCGACACCACAUAUAGGACGAACAAAUAUAAUCUUAUUUGUGCGCCAAUUGUGGGUGUCAACAGUCAUUGGCAAAAUGUAAUGUUUGGUUGUGCAUUUAUUGCUGAUGAGAAAAUAGAAACAUUUGAGUGGGUAUUAUCUACUUUUAAGAAAUCAGUUGGUGGAAGUGAGCCAGCCUCAAUUUUUACCGACCAAGACUUGGCCAAGUCAGUUGCAAUUCAAAAGGUUUUCCCACACUCAAGACACAGACUUUGCAUAUGGCAUCUAAUUAAGAAUGCAGUGUCAAGAUUUGGAGCACUAAAAAGAGACACAACUUUUAAAGAUGCUUUUAAUAAGUGUCUAACAGGUUGUGUAACAGAAGAAGAGUUUGAGCAUUGUUGGACAAACAUGAUAACUACUUACAAGCUAGAAAAUAACAGAUGGUUCAAAAUAUUAUACAGCUUGAAAGAAAAAUGGUGCACUGCUCUCAGUAAAGACUUUUUUUCAGCAGGAAUACUCUCUUCUCAAAGAAGUGAAAGUGCAAAUAAUGUUGUAGGUUUCAAGGCAAACAAGAACACAAGCUUGACUGAUUUUUUCAAGAUAUUUAAACAAACAGUGACUAGGUGGAGGAACAAUGAAUCUGAUGCAGAUUUCAAAUGUUCCAAUUCUAAACCAACUUCAAAUUUACCGUUCUAUGGAAUGAUAAAGCAUGCAGCAGAGGUCUACACACAAACCAUAUUCAGAUAUUUUGAAACAGAAUUUGAAUUUUCAAUUGGAUGCGUAACAAAUCUUCAUUAUCAAACUCAAGGUUACUUCUUUUAUGAAGUGAAAUUAGAGAAUAAUGAAGCUUCAAAGCAAAAAGUUACAUUCAACAUGGCAGACAACGAUAUAGCUUGUUCAUGCAAAAUUUUUGAAGAAGUUGGGUGGUUAUGCUAUCACUGUAUCCGGGUGUUACAACAGCAUUCAGUCACCAAAAUAUCAGACAGAUAUAUCAUAAUGAGGUGGACAAAAUAUGCAAAGGCACAUGAAGAACAAGAUGCAGCAAGUCAAGAAGCAGAAUCAAUGCAGCAAAACAACACUACUGCAACAGCAGAAACAGAAGAACAAAUUCCUACUGUUAUGGAUCCAGAAAGAGCAAACACCAAGGGAAGAAGCAAGAGAAUAAAAGGACAUUUUGAGAAAGGAAAGCAAGGAAACAAGAAAAAAACAAAAGCAAUGACAGCAAAGGGAGAUACAAGAGAAUUUGGAACAAUCACUCCAAUACAAAAUCCAAAGUUAUUUUAA